CACAAAGAAAAAUGAAACAACAAGGUCAAGCAGAAAUGGCAGAGAGGAUCAAAACAAAGCGUAGUGAUUAUCUACGUUAUCCAACAGAAGAAGUCGUCUUGAAUGAACCUUCCUCAUAAGUUUCUCAUAUCGUUUCUGUUCAACCGCUACCUAACCUCUCUGAGCUCUCUCUCCCUGAUGGUUUAGCUUUGAUGUUUUCUUUGUUUGUAAACCAAAUCUCUCUCUCUCUCUCUGCUAUGGGGCUGCAGCACCAUAGAAAGCUGACAGAAGAUUCAGAAAACACACCCUGUCCAUCACAAUGUUCGAAAACUGUUCCAGGCAAUUGUCCCCAGCUAUGUUCAAAACUCUGCCCUAAUUUUUGCGUCUCAGUUUUGGUCCCUCCUCCACUGAGUACUACCUCUGAUUUGGAUGGCAAGUCAGAAAAAUCCCACCAAAAGAUCUCCCCUUUCUGGAUCGCCACGAUCACAUUUCUCGUCGCCGCUGUUCUCCUUGUUUGCUUCUAUGCUAUCUAUUCGAGGUACUAUUUACGUAGGCAGAACCCGAGGAGGAGGUCACAGCGGGGAACUGUGGAGACCCAGGAUGAGUUUCUUGAUGAAGAAGAUGGAUCUGUGGUGGAUCAUCCCAUUUGGCACAUCCGCACCGUCGGUCUUCAACAGUCGAUUAUCAGUUCGAUCGCGGUGUGUAAGUAUAAAAGAGGUGAAGGUCUUGUUGAAGAAGAACAGUGCUCUGUUUGCUUGAGCGAGUUUGAAGAAGAUGAGACUCUUAGACUUUUGCCCAAGUGCAGUCAUGCUUUUCAUAUUCUCUGUAUUGAUACUUGGCUUAGAUCCCAUACCAAUUGUCCCAUGUGUCGUGCACCCAUAGUAGUCCAGGCGCCAUCGCUGGAGGCUGAUGUCGAUAAUUCCAGUCCAGGGGAAGAAACCCAGGUGGGAAUUCCGUCAAGCAGUGGUACUGGAUCAUCCGAUAGAGAGGAAGAUGAGCGGGCUUGUGAGUUAACCAUUGGGUUAGAGGAAGAGGGAGAAUUAGAUGUUGUGAAUGGUGGAAAAAGAUGCGAGAAUUCGAAUGAAGAAGUAAACGACAUACAACAGAUGAGAAGAUCAGUUUCCUUGGAUUCUUUGUCGGCUUCAAAGAUCAGCCUCGCUAUAGCGAAUACUUUUCCGACAGAUUCCGAUGGGAUUUCAAAUACGCAACGGGUAAGAGUGAAUGAAUCCAAUAAAAGAAUCGUUCCGCGAAGACUCGAAGGGAAUCGGAAGUCGUUAGAACUAUUGGGUAGUUCUUCGAAAGGUAGAUCGCUGACAAAUAAGCCUGUUUCCAUGAAGAGAUCGUUUUCAUGGAAUGGGAAAUUCUUGUUAUUCAACUACAGCCAGAGCCGAGACUUGGUUUUGCGAAGCUUUUGAUUUCAAUUUGUUUCGCGGUUUCAGGUGAGUCAGUUGGAAAAACUCAUAUCUCAGAAGCUCUCAACAAGCUACGAGAUUACAGGAUUUUAUUAGAACAGUCAUGAGAUCCAUCGACAAGAUCAUGAAAUUGAGAUCAAUCCAAAUUGGAUUCAUCUCGGCCAGGAUUGAUCAUCCUGUAUUUCUCAUGUUUCAGGUUUUGGAAGGGAGCCCAAGUGAACAAUUGUACUUUAUUUCCAAA